AUGAGUCAAUCACUAUAUGUGCCUCCGUAUUUUUACGGAAGUAGCUAUGCCUAUUGGAAGGUUAGAAUGUAUGCUUUUCUUAAGUCCCUAGAUGAACGUGUCUGGGUGAGUAUACAAAAUAGUAGGAAACCUCCUUCCACAACUGUGUCGGGUGUUGUAAUCCCAACUGACAUUUCCCUUUGGACUAAGGAUGCAUUGGCUGAAUACAAUUGGAAUAGUAAAGGUCUCCAUGCAUUAUUUAUGUCUAUGUCUCCUGAAGAGUUUAGGAUAGUGUCAAUUGAACAAAGUGAUUCCUCUAGCAGUGAAGAGGAAAAGGGCUAUAUGGCUUUUGUAUCUACUGUCAAGAGCGAGUCAGAUAAAGAGAGUAAAAGGUUGAGGAGGAGCCUAUUUAAGAAGGUAGACGAGCUUGAGAGAGAGAAGGAGAAAAUCACUAAUGAUCUUCAAGUCUCAUCUAAGAAUCUCAGUGAGUUGAAGUGUGUCAAUGAGAAAUUAGAGGACAGGGUUAAGACAUUGACUUGUGAGUUAGAGAAAUCCAGCACUCAACUGCAGUCAUUUGUGAGUGGAACUAAGAAACUAGACGAUCUAUUAGGAAUGAACAAACCAGUUGGAAAUAGGCAAGGUCUAGGAUUUGUGAGUGAUGACAAUGUGUCUAGUUUGUCCAAGACCACAUUUGUCCCCGCUUCCAACAGAUCUAAUGUUUCAACCAAUCCAGAAUCCAAAGGCAAGAAUUUCACUGGACUGAAGGCCAUUAGAGCCCAUAAGAUUUCUACACCUAAAUUUCAAGAUCAACACUCACGUGCAUUUGAACCUAGGUUCAUACCCACUUGUCAUCACUGCAGUACUUUAGGUCACACGAGACCUAGGUGUCGAAAGCUAGCAAAUAAGAAUAGAAGUCAGGAUAUCCCUAGUCAAGUAAACUUCCUUUCAAAUCAGCGUAUAAGGCUUAAAAUACAUGCAUGUGGUAUCUUGAUAGUGCUUGUUCUAGACACGUGUGGUAACAAGGGCUUAUUCUCUACAUUUGAUGGCUGCAACGAUGGUGUAGUUACCUUUGGGGAUGGAGCUAUGGCACCCAUCCUAGGUAAAGGCUCCAUCACCAUUUAUGGACUUCCUACAAUAUCUAAUGUGCUUUAUGUAGAGGGCCUUAAGUCCAACUUGUUGAGCAUUAGUCAAAUUUGUGAUGAUGACUAUGAAGUGAGUUUUGUCCAAAAGAGAUGCACUAUUUAUAACCCUUCAGGUGGUGUUGUUCUUGAAGGUGUUAGAACAUCUGAUAACUGUUAUGGAGUUCUCCCAUACUCGAACUAUGUGUGUAGUAGUGCUAAAAUUGAUAUGUCUGAACUUUGUCAUCAAAGGCUCGGUCAUGUUAAUUACAGAAGUCUGUCUAAAUUGGUCAAAAAGAAUAUUGUCGAUGGUUUACCUAAGAUUGAUCAAAGUGAAAAUGCUGUGUGCAAGCCGUGUCAACAAAGAAAGCAACUCGGAUAA